AUGGGUCUUCACAACCCAUGGUUCUCACUUGAUAAUCUUUUUCCUUCUCUCUCUGUCUCAGUGGGCAUAGUUGGUGUGUCCAAUGCUGCUAGUCCCCGGAAUUUAUGGCAGUUCCGCAACAUGAUCAAAUGCACCAUCCCACACAGUGACCCACUGAAGGAUUACAACAACUAUGGCUGCUAUUGUGGCUUAGGGGGCAGUGGGACGCCAAUGGAUGAGCUAGACACAUGCUGUCAGAUUCAUGACAACUGCUAUUCUGCGGCCAAGAAGCACCCCAAGUGUAAAUUCAUUCUGGACAACCCCUACACGGAGUUCUAUUCCUACAGCUGCUCUGGCAAUAACAUCACUUGCAGUGAGAAGAACAAUGAAUGUGAGGCGUUCAUCUGUGCCUGCGAUCGCGCAGCCGCCAUCUGUUUCUCAGGGGCUCCCUACAACCCGGACUACAAGAAUAUGAACACUGGCAGAGACUGCAAGUGA